CUUUAGAUAACAUACAGUGCCAAGCAGCUGGCCAGGGUUAACAAGUCUUGGGUUUCCUCGUGGUUUUACAGGGGAGUUUUGAUUUUCUGCUGUGACUUCUUUGUAAAAAUGACCAUCAACAACUUUUCAAUUGAAUAUGAUGCCAUCAACAGCAGAAACACCUUCACAAAUGGAGAUACUAUUAAUGGGAGAAUCAUCAUGGAGGUUUCUAAGAAAACCACUAUUCAGUCUCUUGUUUUUAUAGCAGAAGGAAAGGCUCGGGUCCGCUGGAGUGAAAAUCACGGGAAUAAUCAUCACCGUGUGUACUGGGCUGAUGAGAAAUAUUAUGACAUCCAACAACAUAUCUUGAGAGAGUCAAGACAAGAUGGCACAGAAGCUAUUGGUAAAGGAAGACAUGUAUUCCCUUUCGCCUUCCAGAUUCCUGACGGGAAAAUCCCAUCAUCAUUAAAAGCUGGCAUUGGCAACAUUCAACAUAAACUGAAGGCAGAGCUCAAACAAUCAAUGAAGCUGACUAAAAAGACCAAAACACACUUCACAUUUGUGUCAAAAGCAGACAUGGAUAUCCCUGGACUUCUGGAACCUCAGUAUGGCAGCAAGGACAAAUCUGUGAAGGUAUUUGGCUCUGGAAUCAUUUCAAUGGAUGAUCAAACCAAGCAAAUGGGAUACAAACAAGGUAAAGAUCUCAAAGUCACAGUUGAAGUCAUCAACAACUCAACUCGUUCAGUCAAGCCUAAAUUGAUCCUGUAUGAGAAGAAGAGCUUCUUCGCCCAGGGUCGCAGGAGAGUUUCCACAAAUGAUAUCCUUAAGGAGAAGAUGGAUGCUGUCGCAUCCUCUAACAAAGAGACUUUGGCCCAGGUGAUCAACAUCCCCAGGGAAUUACCUAGCUCCAUCUUAAACUGCAGCAUCAUCAAGGUGGAAUACAGGCUGAAGGUUCAUCUAGAUGUCAAAUAUGCUUCAGACCCAGAGAUCAAACUCCCCAUCGUGAUCCUUCCUGCGUCUGAGGAUACUCCUAAAAAACAACCAGCUUCUGAAGCUGACUUUUGGUUUAAUGCAUUUGGGAACCCAGAACAUUCACCCUGGAGCCUGGCACCACAACCACCAGCAGCCGCCAAUGCUAUGGAUCCUCCACAUCCCUAUGGAGCACAUGCACUACACUAUACCUCCUUGCCUUAAAUAACAAAACUAUUCUUUGUGAGUUUCCAUUCAUGUUGAUGCCAGAUGUCUAUUUUAUUGUGAAUGUAUUGUUAAUUUGUCCUUUUUGUAUUGUUAUGUACAUAUGGAACAUACAACGACUUUGUACAGUUUUUAAUCAGAUGGUGAAUUAAACAUGAUUCAUAAAAUGUUA